AUGCCUAUGAAACGAUCAGCAAGUGACGAUGAGCUCGAAUCGACCCCGAGCCCUAAGAAGGCCCGAGCCAAGAAACCAGCAGCGGGUCAACCCUUCGAAGACUCUCACAAAGCGAGUCCACUUCCACCCCUUCGCUACAACCUCAUCCUCGCCAACCGGAGCAACCUGUACGGGCUUCCCGGUCUGGAGGACGUCAAAGAGAACGGAGGGAGCAGGAUCAACGGCAAGAUCAUGGUCAUGCUCAAAGAAUGGGAGAAGCAGAACGGAGGACAGGGGAAUUACGCCGUCGAGGCGGUCAAGAAGAUGAAGAAGACCAAGUAG